GCCAUGAAGAUGCUGCUCCUGGCUGCCCUGCUCCUGGGGGCUUCUCUGCAGCACACCCAGGCAGCUCGGGGGCCCAAUGUGGGGCGCGAGUGUUGUCUUAACUACUUCAAAGGAGCCAUUCCCUUCAAAAAGCUGAUGUCGUGGUACAAGACCUCAGAGGAGUGUCCCCGGGAUGCUGUCGUGUUUCUGACUGUCCAGGGCAGGGCCAUAUGUUCAGACCCCAAGGACACGAGAGUGAAGAAGGCAGUUAGACACUUGAAAAAUCUCAGGAAGUCACGCAGCCCCGCCACCCAGGAUUCCUGA